CCGAGGCCGACAAGCCGCGCGGGCCAGGCCGGGCCGAGCGAGCGGGAGCGGAGCGGAGCCUCGGGCGGCGGGAGGAACAGCGCCGCCGCCGCCAAGAUGGCCGACCUGGAGGCGGUGCUGGCCGAUGUGAGCUACCUGAUGGCCAUGGAGAAGAGCAAGGCCACGCCGGCCGCGCGCGCCAGCAAGAAGAUCCUGCUUCCAGAGCCCAGCAUCCGCAGCGUCAUGCAGAAGUACCUAGAGGACCGAGGAGAGGUGACCUUUGAAAAGAUCUUCUCACAGAAGUUAGGGUACCUGCUUUUCCGAGACUUCUGCCUGAACCAUCUGGAAGAGGCCAAGCCCUUGGUGGAGUUCUAUGAAGAGAUCAAGAAAUAUGAGAAACUGGAGACAGAGGAGGAGCGUGUGGUCCGCAGCCGGGAGAUCUUUGACUCCUACAUCAUGAAAGAACUGCUGGCCUGCUCACAUCCCUUUUCAAAGAAUGCUACCGAGCAUGUCCAGGGCCACCUGGUGAAGAAGCAGGUGCCUCCAGAUCUCUUCCAGCCAUACAUUGAGGAGAUUUGUCAGAACCUCCGAGGGGAUGUGUUCCAGAAGUUCAUUGAGAGUGACAAGUUCACACGCUUUUGCCAGUGGAAGAACGUUGAACUCAACAUCCAUCUGACAAUGAAUGACUUCAGUGUGCAUCGCAUCAUCGGGCGUGGGGGCUUCGGUGAGGUCUAUGGGUGCCGGAAAGCAGACACAGGCAAGAUGUAUGCCAUGAAGUGUCUGGACAAGAAACGCAUCAAGAUGAAGCAGGGAGAGACCCUGGCUCUGAACGAGCGGAUCAUGCUUUCCCUUGUCAGCACCGGGGACUGCCCCUUCAUCGUCUGCAUGUCAUAUGCAUUCCACACACCAGACAAGCUCAGUUUCAUCCUGGAUCUCAUGAAUGGUGGGGACCUGCACUACCACUUGUCUCAGCAUGGAGUCUUCUCUGAGGCCGACAUGCGCUUCUACGCAGCUGAGAUCAUCCUGGGUCUUGAACACAUGCACAACCGUUUUGUAGUCUACAGGGACCUGAAGCCAGCCAACAUUCUCCUGGACGAGCAUGGCCACGUGAGAAUCUCGGACCUGGGCCUAGCCUGUGACUUCUCCAAGAAGAAGCCCCAUGCCAGUGUGGGCACGCACGGGUACAUGGCCCCCGAAGUCCUGCAGAAGGGCGUGGCCUAUGACAGCAGUGCCGACUGGUUCUCCCUGGGUUGCAUGCUCUUCAAGUUGUUGCGGGGACACAGCCCCUUUCGGCAGCACAAGACCAAAGACAAGCAUGAGAUUGAUCGCAUGACCUUGACGAUGGCUGUUGAGCUGCCUGAUUCCUUCUCCCCUGAACUCCGGUCCCUGCUGGAAGGUUUGCUGCAGAGAGACGUCAAUCGGAGACUAGGCUGUCUGGGCCGUGGAGCUCAGGAGGUAAAGGAAAGCCCCUUUUUCCGCUCACUGGACUGGCAGAUGGUCUUCUUACAGAAGUACCCACCCCCACUGAUCCCCCCACGUGGGGAGGUGAAUGCAGCUGAUGCUUUUGAUAUUGGCUCCUUUGAUGAGGAGGACACAAAAGGAAUCAAGUUACUGGACAGCGACCAGGAACUGUACCGCAAUUUCCCUCUCACCAUCUCGGAGCGGUGGCAGCAGGAGGUGGCAGAGACUGUUUUUGACACCAUCAAUGCUGAGACAGAUCGACUGGAGGCACGGAAGAAAGCCAAAAACAAGCAGCUAGGCCACGAGGAGGACUAUGCCCUGGGUAAGGACUGCAUCAUGCAUGGCUACAUGUCCAAGAUGGGCAACCCCUUCCUGACUCAGUGGCAGCGGCGCUACUUCUACCUCUUCCCCAACCGACUGGAGUGGCGGGGUGAAGGCGAGGCUCCGCAGAGCCUCCUGACCAUGGAGGAGAUCCAGUCGGUGGAAGAGACGCAGAUCAAGGAGCGCAAGUGUCUUCUGCUUAAGAUCCGCGGGGGCAAGCAGUUCGUCCUUCAGUGUGACAGCGAUCCUGAGCUGGUGCAGUGGAAGAAGGAGCUGCGUGAUGCCUACCGUGAGGCCCAGCAGCUGGUGCAGCGAGUGCCCAAGAUGAAGAACAAGCCACGCUCACCUGUGGUGGAGCUGAGCAAAGUGCCACUGAUCCAGCGUGGCAGUGCCAACGGCCUCUGACCCACCCAUCCGCUGCCCGCCUGCCCACCCGCCUUUUAUAAACCUCUAAUUUAUUUUGUCGAA